UUUAAAUAAGCUAUCAUGUGAAUAGAAUAAAGAUUCUUAGACCCUUUAGGAGUUUCUUAUGAUAAAUAGGAGGAAAAAGAGGUGAGAAAAUAUCAGUGUGUUGUGGAGGAAAUUUUGAGAGACCAUGAAGAGCAAAACUACCACUUGUUUUUGCAUUCCAGGUAGGAAACAGCGAGAUGAGAAGCAUAGUGGAUCUCAUUCAAAAUCAAGUCGAAGUGGGAAAAGCAGAUCAAGGCAUGGUUCAUCAUCUUCUGAUGGUCAUGCUGAAGGUACCACCAAUACUGGAAGUAGUAGCGAUGGAGCUGCUGUUGGCAUGGCUGUUGUUAUGAUGACCACCACCAACGCCGCUACUAUCUCUGGCAACGACGGUGGUAGUUCUCAUGGUGGUGGUGGAGGUGGCGGCGAUGGUGGUGGAGGUGGCUGUGAUUGUAGAGAUUCCUGAACACUUCAUGGGGAACUGGCUGGAGGAAUCAAUCCUUGUCAUAAUUCAUGAGGAAAAUUACUUAUUUUUCUAUAUUUUUCUUUUUCCUUUUCCAUAUAUGUAAUCAACACCAAUUUAUCAUAAACUUUCUUUGUUUUUCUAA